AUGACAAUGCAACUGGCUUACUGGGAUAUCCGUGGGGUAAGUUGGUCCGUGUCUUUGUUACAGCUCGUGAUGCAGCGCUGUGGUCGUUCCCGGCUGCAGCUGGACAUUCACCAGGUUCACAGACCUGUUAGUGUAAGCUAAGGCGGUUUUCUAUUCGAGUACUUUGAGUUCACUUCUUCAGGAGUGUAUGAAGCCAGUGUCUGUGAUUGAGAACCUUGCGCUACAAAUGUUACGUAACAGACGUUGUCCACGUACACGUGCUCAGAUAUUAUAAUUAUGAUGAACAGAUUCAGGAGUCCUAAUUUGAAUGAUAAAACUUAUGGCAUAUAUUUACCCCCCUCUCUGUUUGAGGUCAGUGGUAGCACAGUUACACUUGCUCUCAAUGACCAGUGUACCGAAUAUCCGGCUACUCGACCGUGAACUCCACUAACACGACUGACCGGAUGUUGUUCUUCAAUGAGCAGAAAAUGUGCCUUUUAUAUAAAGCUGUGGGCUUUUUGUAUGGCUUUCAAAAGCAGCUCUUGUCGUCAUAAAAUUACCCCAAACCUGACCAGUUCAUCAUGCAGCGUCUUGCGCAUCCCGAUUACAUAGCUAACUAUUAAGCAGGUCAGGUCAAAGGUCAACUGUCAGAUCUUUGUAUACACUCGCAUCAUGCAGGGCCUUAUAUGUCCCCUGGGUCCAGUCUGCAAAAUUCAAGAGAGUGAGAAAUAAUGUAUGACAUGCACAAGAAUGCAUGUGCCUAUAUUGUUCUUGGGGACAGAAAUGUGUAAGCAAAGUUGAAAUAACCAACUAAUAUAACCUUUAACCCUCCUCCUGUGUUAGCUUUUACUUCCAUAGACUUUGUAAAGUAUAUGAAUACUGGAUAUACUGUAUAUACUGUAUCCAGUAUAUAUGGUCUAUGUUUACUACACACCCACUGUGUUAUGGGUUGGUUUUGACCCGUGUCUUAAAUCAGCUGUAAACUACACUAAAAACAUUUCCCUAUCAUCCAAUUUUGUUCUCAUCUUUGGGUUACCUUGUAAGGCUUAAUUAUCAAUGAAAAUAUUGCUUAUAAUAGUUUUUGUCGUGGUCCUCUGGGUCUUUCUUUGUCAGUAUACCCCUCAUACAGACAUCUAUAGUGAAGUGAUCUCACAUGUCUGGACAUGGAGGAAAAACAUGGCAAAGUGAGAAUUUCCUAAAUCAUAUGUGCACUACCUGGCAGUGCACAUAUAAUUUUAGUUUUUGCUCUAAUUUAUAGAUAUUAAUCUAACCAGGUCAACAGCGACCCUAACACGACAAGUGCCAUAAUUUUAAUAAGAGCAUUUUAUAAUUUAGUCAGUCUCAUUUUUUAUUUUGUUGAAAUAGAGGUUCCUGACAAAGUCAAAAAGUCUUGAUGCAGAAAAACUAAUUUAAGUGGUUCUUUUUAAGCAUUUAUAGAACAAAAACAGGUUGGUACAGACCCUAACACAGGAGGAGGGUUAAGAGGUAUUAUGAUUUAUCGUUGUUUUUUUAAUAUACUUUGAAUCUUGUGCAGCUCGCCCAGCCCAUCCGCCUGCUGUUGGAGUACACUGGCCUGAAGUACGAGAACAAGUUCUAUGUUUGCGGUGAAGGUAAAGAGUUUAUGUUUCAUGUUACAACUAAACAGUUUUGAUCAUUUUCAUCUUAACAGUGAAAAAACUCUCUGACCUUUCAAUUCUUGUGAUUUUAAUCACACAGCUCCUCAAUAUGACAAGAGCUGCUGGUUUGAUGAAAAACCCAAACUUGGAAUGGAUUUUCCUAAUGUAAGUUAGUUUAAGCUCUGAGUAAUGUUCUUCAGUGUUCAAGUAUUGAGCUUGUUGGGUAAACUGUCGACUGAUACAGAUUUCUUUUUCUUUUUUUUUGGUUAUAGCUGCCCUACUUGGUGGACGGAGACAAGAAGAUCGUACAGAGUAAUGCCAUCAUGCGGUACAUUGCUCGCAAAAAGAACUUGUGUAAGUAGUAGUGUUUCUAACCUGGUGAUUUAUUCAAAAUAAGAAACGUGGAUGUAGAAUUUGAUUGACCUUUGAAUUGAAACUGGAAUUUGAUUGAAUUCCAGUUUCAAGUGCAAAAUCUCACUUUUAUUCUCUCCAUUUUCUGAUCACAGGUGGAGAGACGGAGGACGAAAAGACCCGUGUGGACAUCCUGGAGAACCAGUCCAUGGACUUCAGGAACGGCUUUGUCAGGAUGUGCUACUCUGACUUCGUGAGCACCACAUUUAAAAUUUGAAUACAUUGAAUAUGUCAUUUCACUCCUUUGAAUUUGCACUAACCCCAACCAACAUCAUCUCUGCAUCUUCAGGAUGCGAUCAAGCCGGGGUACCUCAAGAACCUGCCAAGUGUACUGAAGCAGUUCUCAGACUUUUUGGGAGACAGGAAAUGGUUUGCAGGUGACAAGGUGCGGUGACUGUUGAACUUGAGAUUUUUAUAGCUGUAUUUCUUAUUCCAAAAAUCCUAUUUGACAUGAUAUGGCCAUAUAAAGCUAUGACUCAGCAGAUGUUUUGUUGUCUGAUGUAGCGAAAAAACAGUUUUUAAUUCAUGUCUAAAAAAGCCUGCAGGGUUAACCCUUUAAUGACUUCACAUGCAGGUCAACUGACUAAUGACUGAUGUAAAACAGUCAGUCAGCAGCUUUUCAAAGUCUCGCCUUUCUUUACUGUUAAAUUGUUAACAUUACUAUGAGUCUUUUUUUUUUUUUUUUACAAUAGAUCACUUUUGUGGACUUCAUUAUGUAUGAGCUGCUGGAUCAACACAGGAUGUUUCAUCCUGAAUGCCUGGAUGACUUCAAGAAUCUCAAAGAUCUUCUAAGUCGUUUUGAGGUGAUGACACUCCCGUUUUUAAUUCAAUUUAAUUUUUCUUCUUAUUGUUUUCUUUAUAAAAUAAGAACAAGAUCAUCUCCCAUCACUGUUGAAAAUAACAUUUAGGAAUGACACUUGACCUUUGGCCUCCUGUGUCUUUGUGAAAGUCUCAGUGUAAGAUGUAUAAAUGUAAUUAAUGGCAUGUGAGUUUCUGUUUUGAUUGUGUUUUUGUUUUUUUCAUCACAGGCUCUGGAGAAGAUUGCUGCCUACAUGAAGUCAGACAGAUUCAUGAAGACCCCUGUGAACAACAAGAUGGCCAAGUGGGGAAACAAGAAAGAGUAG